GACGCCGGCUCGCCCCGUCGUUAGCAGCCCUCGUGCGCCUUCUCUCAGCGGGACAGCGACAGGAUAUUGCGACAGCGGAGCCUUCAGUCGACACGUGGAGCGGAGCGACGCCUACGUCGCUUCGACACGGAGCACUACCAUGAUCUCGCUAUCGGACAAAGUUCUGCUCUUUUGGGACUGGAGGUGGUUGACGACUGCCAUUGUGUUUUUGCUCUCGUGUCACGUGUUCCGCUUCUAUCGGAAAGUAUCGAAGUACCCCAAAGGACCAGUCCCGCUGCCCUUCGUGGGAAAUCUGUUGAGCUUACGCAAUGAGACGAAGCUCUACAAGAAGGCCCAAGAGUGGUCCAGACAAUACGGAGACCCUUUCACGCUGUGGAUGGGAGAGAAGCCCACGGUGAUAUUGAACUCGUACCAGGUGCUGAGAGAGGCCUUCGUCGACAAGAGACACGAAUUCGCCGGACGCUUUCCGAUAAAGCUGGGUGCGCUCCAGACGCAGGGAAACCACGACAUUCUGUUCGAGGAUUACAACCCCACGUGGAAAGCCCUGAGGAAAGUUGCGCUGACGGCUGUCAGGAAAUACGCCAUCAGCGAGUCCCUGGAGACCCUGUGCACGGAAGUGGUGGAUGCCUACGUGGAUUCUCUGGAGAAGGGACCAAAUACAGUCGACUCCAAAUAUCCAUUCAUGUUCAUUCUAUUCAACAUCGUCGGCACGUCUGUCUUUGGAACAAAGUUUGAUAAGGACAGUCAUGAGCUGACACGGAUGAGGCAGAUUAACCGAGUCUUCACCGAGGUGGCGCCUAAUGGCCUGCCCAGCGACAUUGUUCCCUGGCUCGGCAUCUUAUACCGCAAAACCGAGAAGAAGAUGGAGGCCCUCUUCACCGAGUUAUUCGAGAUACUCGACGGUCUUUACAAAAGGGCUGCAGGCUCCUAUGUACCAGGAACCACAGGAAACUUCACGCACUCAAUGUUGGCGGCACGAGAAGAGGCGCUCCAGCAAGAAAAGAGUGACGCUCAGUACCUCACCGAAGCCAACAUGGUCCAGAUACUUAUAGACAUUUUUGGAGGUGCGACUGAAAGCUCUAUUGGCACUAUGCGCUGGUUAUGCUUGACGCUGGCUCGAAGGACGGAUAUCCAAACAAAGAUUCAACAGGAAAUCGAAGACAACAUCGGAUCAUCUCCUCCGACAUUGAAAGACAGAGAAAGACUUCCGUACACAGUGGCCUGCAUCCACGAGACUCUCCGCGUUUACCCCGUUGGUCCGUUGGGAUUUCCACACAAUACGUGUUGUGACACGCAGGCUGGUGGCAAGUUUAUCCCCAAGGACACUGGCGUCCUCUACAACAUCCACGCAGUGAAUCACGACCCCGCUCUCUGGAAAGACCCGGAGGUCUUCCGACCUGAACGCUUCCUAGAUCCUGUAACGGGCAAGCUAAACCUAGAAGGACAGCCUCAACUCCUCUCGUUUGGUCUGGGCCCCAGGACGUGUCCCGGGGAGAAGUUGGGCCAGAUGGACAUCUUUUACGUUCUUGUGCGGCUCUUGCAGCGCGUGAGCUUCGGUGUGCCUGACGGAGCCUCGUGCACCGACAUAAAGCAACUUGCGUCCAGUGUGUUUCUGAUGCCAGCGGUCCAGGAGACCGUCCUUACACGGAUGUACUGACUAAUGCAACAAUGAACCAAUAUUGAAGCUAUUUCACAAA